AUGUCGCUUCUUGACGAAAAGGCCGCCGGCCUCGACCAUGACGAAGGGCCAACCAAGGACGCCAAGCUUCAGAGCUCGGCGACCGAACCAGAUGUCGAGGCUUCUCAGACGCGGCGCCCUGGCUACGACCCCGAGGCCGAAGCCAACUAUCGGCCCAAAACUUUGAAAUUCUGGCUCGUCGUCCUGUCCAUCUUCGUGCCCAUGUUUCUCGUGGCUCUAGAUCGAACCAUUCUGGCGACUGCCAUCCCUCGCAUCACAGACGAGUUCGGUAGUCUGGGGGAUAUUGGGUGGUAUGGCUCAGCGUACUUGUUGACAACAGCGGCGUGCCAGCUGCUGUUUGGCCGAAUAUACAAGUUCUACAGCACGCGGUGGACGUUCCUCAUCGCCAUUGUCAUCUUCGAAGUUGGCUCGGCCUUGUGCGGUGCCGCGCCCAGCUCCCCCGCCUUCGUCGCCGGCCGCGCCAUCGCCGGCGUAGGUGCGGCGGGCAUCUGGACCGGUUCCAUGAUGGCCAUCAUCCCCAUGGUGCCUCUUCACAAAAGGCCCAUGUUCCAGGGUCUUUUCGGCAUGGUGUUUGGCGUCUCCUCCGUCGUCGGACCUCUGAUGGGCGGUGCCUUUACGGAACGAGCGUCUUGGCGGUGGUGUUUCUACUUGAACCUGCCCGUCGGAGCCGUGGCGUUUUCAUUGUUGUGCCUGUUCAUGCACCCUGCCGACGCCAAGGUUGAGCCGGCGACGAUGAAGCAGCAGAUAAUGCGUCUUGAUCCUCUGGGAACCUUUUUCUUUGUGCCCUGUGUCGUCUGUCUGCUCCUGGCGCUGCAAUGGGGUGGAUCGACGUAUGCCUGGGAUAGCUGGCGCAUUAUUUUGCUCUUGGUCAUGUUUGGCUUGGCUGGUAUUGCGUUUGCAAUGGUUCAGACCAAGAUGCCCACGUCAGCAACGUUGCCCUUGAGGCUUAUCAAACAGAGGACCAUGCUGGCCGGAACGGUCAACACGCUCUUCCUAGCUGGCGGCAUGAUGCUGGUGGUUUAUUACCUACCACUGUGGUUCCAAGCAACAAAGGGUGUAGAUGCAGUAAAAUCAGGCAUCUGCACCCUCCUCCUGGUUCUAAGCCUCGUCAUCGCGUCCAUCGUUUCCGGUGCGGGAACCCAAAAAAUCGGCUACUACACGCCCUUCAUGAUAAUGUGCCCUUGCAUCGCUGCCAUUGGCGAGGGCCUCCUCACCACAUUGACCCCCGCGACCGGGUCAAGCCGCUGGAUCGCGUUCCAAUUCCUCACGGGCUUCGGCGUCGGUCUGGGCAUGCAGUCUGUUGGUCUGGCCGUGCAAGCCACGCUCCCCAAGGAAGACGUUUCCACUGGCGUUGCCAUCACCUUCUUUGCUCAGCAGCUCGGCGGCGCCAUCUUCGUGGCUGUCGGCCAGACCAUUCUGUCGAGUGUGCUGGUGAACCAGUUGAGCGGCUUGCCUGGAUUCGAUGCCGUGCCCAUUGUCAAGACGGGCGCCACCGAGCUGCGACACGUCGUGCCCUCGCACUUCUUGGACAGAGUGAUGGACGCCUACAAUCUUGCCAUUACGCGUAUAUUUUACUGCGCCUUGGCUCUGGCUCUGGCCCAACUGUUUUCUGCGCUGUUCGUCGAGUGGCGGAGCAUCAAGAAGCCAAGGGAGGCAGAAGCUGCAGGGACGGAAGCUGGACAAGAGGCAUUGGGCGACUAA